AUGCUAUAAAAGAACUAACAUUUUAACAACCUAGAACAUUUUUUAAAUUCUAGUUUAUAACUUCACACAGAUCUUCAAAUUGACCUUAGGUCUUGUAACUUAGUUAGAUAAAAUUUAUAAAACCUUUUCUCUGGAAUAACUGAAUGCACAUAACUUUAAAUUUUAAAUCUUAAUCUUGAGUCAAAUAAAAUGGGAAAAAAUAGCUUAGUAGGAUUUGACACUGCUUUAGUAAAGUGCUUAAAGCUCUAAAGUUUAACAUUGAAUCUAAAAUUCAACAAGGUUAGUUAAGAAGAUUUAUAAAUUUUAGGUUUUACAUUAUAAAAGCUAGCUGCACUAUAAAAUUUAGCUAUAAAUCUUGAAUAGAAUACAAUAAAGGUCAAAGGUAUUUAAAAUUUAUGCUAGGGAUUAUAAAAGUGCUCUAAUCUAUCAAAUUUGACCCUUAACCUCAGAACUAAUUAAACUAGUGAUGAAGGUACAUAAUCCUUGGGCUCAGCUUUAAAGAAAUGUGAAAAACUAUCAAGCAUAUCACUCAAUCUUUAAUUCAAUCUUAUUCGUGACAAUGGAGUUUUGGGUCUAAGAUCUGCUUUAGAAAACAAUAAAAAAAUCUUAAAUUUAAGUCUUAAUCUUGAAAUCAAUUAUAUUGGUGAAAAGGGAGCACUAGGCUUAGUUAAUUGUUUAUUAAGCUGUACUAAUCUGAAUAGCUUGACAUUUUAUUUCAGAUACAAUUCAACGAAUUAAAAAUUGAAAGCAAUAUUAAGAAACAAACUUCUGAAAUUAAUGAGAUUAGUUGUUUAAAGAGUAUACCUGUGA